CUAACCACGUUACAUUUAGUUUUUAUAAUUCUGUUAUAAUUCAUGUUAGUUAUUAUAACUCUAUCAGGAUGAGUAGUUAUGCACUAAGCUUUAUUGUUCUUUUUGGAUAUUGCUCAUGUGCUGCAGUUGAAGUCGACCAAUGCGUUACAAAUUUGGAUAAAGUAAUUGCACAGAUGAAUUUUGACAUAAAACAGUUUGGCGGAGCAUGGUAUACCCACUCUGUUACACCUUACGCAUUUGGGGACGACACGUGGGAUUCCAUGACGCAUAUGAUCUAUAUUAGGGAAGAUGAAACCAUUACAAGCGUGGUUUCUGGAUACCGGAAAGAAUCCGACAAUUGUAAUCUUUAUCUGAACAUUAUGACCAAAGUUGGUACAGCGGAGUAUUCCGGAACAUAUAUGCAAGAUACUAAUAAAUUUAAAAUUUUGUACACUGACUACAAUAGUGCAGCCCUGAUUUUCUGUUUUGACGUCAAAGAUGAUGGCACAUGUGACCGUCGAAAGUUGCAGUUUGAAAUUUGGUCCCGGUCAUCAGAUAAUAUGACCACAGAUGUCAUCACCUCUCUGGUUUCAUACUUUCAUGGAAUUAAGUGCACUGAUGAGCAUGAUAUGACAGUUAUGGUACAAGGCAACUGUGAAACCCCUUCGUCAGCCGAUCCUGAAAAACAGGAAGGUGAAUGUGUGUACGCUCCAAAUGAAAGCUUCUUUGUUGUUGCCAAGGAACGGCCUACUGGCGACUACCAUACUGCUUUUGUCGGUGUUCCUGAAGGAGAACAAGCUAUCUCUACCAGUUAUAAAUUCACUCCAAGCAAAGACAAUAAUGUGUUGUACGUCACAAGAUCAUACCAAAGGAAUGAUACUUGUUCGGAAAUAGAUAUAGGAAAAUAUUAUAGAAUAGCUCCAGGUCAUUAUCUACAGAUUGGCAGCUCUCUUCCAAUGGAAUUCUGGAUAUCGAAGGGCGAAAAUUACCUUGGAAUGUUUAUCUGCUAUGAGAGAAAAGCCGGACGAUGCAUAAAAAGUCAAGUGCAACGUCUUAUUCAACACAAUCAGCCAAUAAAAUUAGACAGUGUAGAGGACGCCAAGAACAAAUUAUCCAUCAUUUGUUAUAAGUAUGAAAUAUACGUUUAUCAAACUGCAGGGUUGUGCACUGUUCCAGAUCUAAUCAACAAUAUGAUUUCAGUCAAAGAUGCUUUGUAUUAUGCACCAGAAACUGUAACUCAACGUAUUAUGUCACGAAUUGGAAGCAUGCAAACUGGGUUAUGUCAGCUUUCCAAUAUACCUAUUGACGAAUCUUUCAAAAUAUCACAGCUAUCUGGACUUUGGUACGAAAUAAUGAGACCUAUUAAUGCUGCAAACCAGUAUGAAUCAGCUAUGAUGUACUUCCACUUAAAUGAAGAUAGUUCUUUACAUGCUUUCUAUUCAGGGGCAAUUAACAACAAGUGUAUACCUCCAGUUCUAAGGCAUACAAAACAAUUAGCAGGCAGUUCACAUGACGCAGAAAUGAUGACAAGAUUACAUGGACCUGAUGAGUUGUUCAAGUGGGUGCAUUUCAAAAUGGUAUACUACGAUGGUACAUAUUCUUUAUACUAUAUCUGCUUUGAAACUGAUGAUAAUGGUAACUGUAAGCAUGCAGAAGCAAUGGUGUAUGGUAGAAAGCGUACGAUAGACGAAGCAACACGGGAGAGAAUCUUAUCACUGUUCCCGUCUUUGUGUUUAUCAACUGAUUUCCUACAAGAUACAGUGCACAAUGUUGACUGUAGUUAUUGGGUUAUACCACAGAAAGAUCUGAAGCCGGGGCCUGACUACUGUAAUGUUAAAGACGUUCCUGCACAGAAAGUCGUGAAUAAAAAACAAAUGGCAGGAAGCUGGUAUGCAAUUGCUGGAACGCGCACAGAAAUAAGUCGGUUUGAUCUUACUCAAAUUGGGAACCACUAUGAAGAAAAUGCCAUUGGAAAAAAGGACGGUGUGUGUACCACGGUCUUUUCGUCAACUGCAAUAAACUAUGGACAGGAAAACAAUGGAGAAAUGUUAAUAUCAUUUCAAAACCAAGAAUAUAGAGGAUAUUUCACUGGAAAAGUAAUUUAUACCGAUUAUCAAGUAGCAGUAGUAUACCUGUGUGAAGAUGAGACCAUACAUGGUGAAUGUUUGCAGUACAAAGUGAGCAUACUCAGUAGAACACAAACUCUUGAUUCAAUGGGGCGUUCAUUGUUAGAAGCCAAACUCAAAUUACCAUGUGGAGAUUUAUCAGUGAACCUACAAACUAUUACAGAUCAUUGUAAAAAGGAACAAAGUUGUCGAGUUGAUGACAUACCAGCAAUGGAAACAGUUGAUAUACCAAAGAUUUUAGGCAAAUGGUAUGACAUCAUGUAUCGAAAAAGAUUAAAUACCAGUGAAUCUGGGGCUGUUAAAUUUAGUUUAGCAGAAUAUGGACAUAUUCAUGCCGAUUUCACCUCGCUUGGGCCGGAUGGAACAUGUGUUAAACCACCGUUAUAUGUAAACAUGAAACGACGAAAUGCUAAAGCAGAGUUUCUAACUACACCGGUUUCUAUACUUAAACGACCAGGAUUUGUACCAUUCAAAAUAUUGUUUACUGAUUAUGUACAAACCAUUGUGGUAUAUGUCUGCAUAGACGUCCAGAUAAAUCAAGAAUGCAGUGAAAAAGGGAAGCGCCUGGCCAUCUUCUCCAGAACUAAGUCGAUUACAUCUGCAACUAAGGAACAGUUAAUGCAAUUUGUGGAUCUAGCUUGUAUGAAUAGAGAUGAAAUUAUUGAAGUAAAGCAAGAAGUGGACUGUUUAACAACUUUAUGAAACGAGUGGAGCACACCUAAAGAAACUUCAACUGUACACAUGUAUUCACGUUUGCUCGAACACUGCAUAUAAAUUUUUAGACAUUCUAGAUUUUUUUCUCGCAAUAAAUAAAUAAUGCAUUCA